AUGUCGGGCGUCGACUUGCUCGAGUCGUAUAUCGCGCUGCCCUCUUCUUCGUCGCGAUCCGUUGUGCUACAGAGCAUAAUUAACGCGCCGCCACUCACGUUUAACAAAGAUACCCGUGGAACUCUCAUCGAUACCAUUCUACAUGACCUCAAAGGUAGUUCUAAACAUGGCACUGGCAACGGGAGAUUGUCGUUCAAGGACGCUGCUCAAGCCCUGCUCGCUGUGAAAAUGCUUGGAAAGAACCCAUCAGGAUCUGAGACCCUCGCGACAGCAUCGACGCUGAGCACCCUCCUGGGGCUAUCAAUUUCACUUAAGGACGAUCCAGAAGCUUCGAAUGAGGCGUUAAGGUGUAUGGCGAAUACUAUGCUUUUAUUUGAUCAUGCCAGGGGGGCCUUCAUUGGCAAAGAGGUUGGAGGCGGCGAAAUUUGUGUCGGCAUGCUUGAUAAAUCGACUACGCCGGAUCAAGUUUUCAUUCUGUCGAGGAUAUUGUUCUUGGCGACAGUGUCGGGGUCGUCCUGGAUCAUUUCGCUCGUCGAAGAUCACAACCACAAACGGAGAGGCGUCGUUGAUAUUAUUGCGAGCAAGCUCGAUGCCAUGCUCGUCGCCAUACAGGCUGGUACCAAGCUUGGACGUGAAGCCAUGGCGGAUUUGCUCAAGUUCACGUUCAAUCUGUUGCUGCAUUACCCAAAGGUGCGCUGCAAGAUUUCCUCAAAUGAUGGGCAGAAGGCAUUGGGCGACUUUUGGAGUCCAAAUCUUGAUGGGUUGCUGCCGUCUCUACUACGAACAUUCUACUCGUUGCCACCGACCUUCCCCAGCCCUUUGGUGUCGCCGUUGACUCACGUUAUUCAUGCCCUUAUCACGAUACCCAUCACGUCCUCCCUCAGGCCCGUAUGGCUUGGUCCCUCGACUCCUCAGCGCCGCAGUUCGUCAAAUAGCAGCAGCCCCAAAACAUCUACCAGCAAUGGUGGUGAAUCGCCGGUGCUCUCUCAAACUCCUCCCAAGUCAAGUACGCUGGACCGGGCUCUGUCAGUAUUGUCUGUUGCUGGGCGUAGAUCUUUGUCACGAAGUCCAUCACCAAAUACAGCAACACAACAAGACAUUCUCCUCCGUGCCCAUGACCUCCUCGAAGUCUCCUUUUCACACUAUUUUCCCGGCUCCAUUGACCCUGACGACCCCUCUGUUCGCGAGCGCCCAAAGAAGGAGCAGCUGGACGGAUCCCUUGAUGAUAUUAUUUCACCGCUAAUUGUGCUUAUCACACGUCUUUGUCUCGCAGAUGAGACAUCGCGGGGACGUCUGCGUGAAUGGAUUGUACCUCCGGAUCUAGACAGGUCGGCACCGUUGGAGGGAAGGUCAGAUAUGCUUGGUCGCUGUUUGCGUCUUAUGGGUAGCGUCUACCACUCCCGGCUGAAGGACUCUGUGGGGGAGAUGCUCUUUGCAAUGGCCGACUCUGACGCGCGGAUAUUAUCAAGCCUUGUCGGGUAUGGCAACGUUGCUGGGUUCUUGUUUAACAAGGGCAUCAUGUCCGCUCCUCCGCCCCCUGGAAGUGAGGAUUCCCCUUCGUCUGCUGAACCUGUCGCGCCUGAUGGCAAGGUCAUCAAUCCGAUUACGGGCAACACUAUGGAGAAACCGGACUUGCCUGAGAUGACGGAAGAAGAGAAGGAGCAGGAGAUGGAGAAGCUGUUCGUGUUGUUCGACAGGUUGGAGAAGAGCGGUGCACUGCCAAAGAGCCAGAAUCCUAUUCGGAAAGCGAUGGAGAAAGCAGCGAGUCAAUGA